AGUCACAUGUCCAUCUCCUAGGAUCAUGUAAACAUACAUUCGAGCAAGGUUAACGAUUAAAUUGUUGGGAUGAAAGGUCAGGAGACCUGCCUUUAAUUGGAAUAUCAGAAUGGGAGAUGACACAUUGCUAUUCACCUUCCACCUUCUCUCAGGAAAGAGGUAAACAAGAAACAACACAGUCAUAGGAGAGUCUUUGAUCCAGAAGUGCUCCAGGAAUCAUGCUGGAGAAGUUCUGCAAUUCUACUUUUUGGAAUUCCUCAUUGCUGGAUAGCCCAGAGGUGGACCUGCCGCUUUGUUUUGAGCAAACUGUUCUGGUUUGGAUUCCCUUGGGCUUCCUUUGGCUCCUGGCCCCUUGGCAGCUGCUCCAUGUAUAUAGAUCUAGGACCAAGAGAUCUACUACAACCAAACUCUACCUCUCUAAGCAGGUGCUUGUUGGGUUUCUUCUCAUUCUAGCAGCCAUAGAGCUGGCCCUGGUACUCGCAGAAGACUCUGGACAAACCACAGUCCCCGCCAUUCGAUAUACCAAUCCAAGCCUCUACCUGGCCACAUGGCUCCUGGUUUUGGUGAUCCAGCACAGCAGGAGAUGGUGUGUGCAGAAGGACUCUUGGUUCCUGUCCCUGUUCUGGAUUCUUUCAAUACUCUGUGGCACGUUCCAAUUUCAAACUCUGAUCCGGAUGCUCUUACAGGGCAGCAAUUACAAUCUGGCCUACUCCUGCCUGUUCUUCAUCUGCUAUGCAUUCCAAAUCCUGAUCUUGAUCCUUUCAGCAUUUUCCGAAAAAGAUGAUUCAUCAAAUAAUCCAUCACUCACGGCUUCAUUUCUGAGUCGCAUUACCUUUUGUUGGUAUGACAGCAUUAUUCUGAAAGGCUACAAGCAACCUCUGACCCUCGAAGAUGUCUGGGAUGUUGAUGACGAGAUUAAAACCACAACACUGGUCAGCAGAUUUGAAACGUGCAUGGCAAGAGAGCUGCCCAAGGCCAGGCGGGCAUUCCAGAGAAGGCAGCAGAAGAACUCCCAGCGGAGCUCGGGAGCCAGGCUGGAUGGCCUGACCAAGAACCAGAGUCAAAGCCAAGAUGUCCUUGUCCUGGAGGAAGCUAAAAAGAAAAAAGAGAAGUCUGGGACUACAGAAGACUUUCCCAAGUCCUGGUUGGUCAAGACUCUCUUCAAAACCUUCUACUUCAUACUCCUGAAGUCGUUCCUACUGAAGCUAGUGCAUGACAUCCUCAUGUUUCUGAAUCCUCAGCUGCUCAAAUUGCUGAUCUCCUUCGCAAAUGACCCUGACACCUAUCUGUGGACUGGAUAUCUCUAUUCAAUCCUCUUAUUCAUCGUGGCCCUCAUCCAGUCUCUUUGCCUUCAGUAUUACUUUCAACUGUGCUUCAUGCUGGGUAUAAAUGUACGGACGACCAUCAUGGCUUCUGUAUAUAAAAAGUCGCUGAUCCUGUCCAACCGGGCCCGGAAGCAGUACACCGUGGGCGAAACAGUGAACCUGAUGUCUGUGGAUGCCCAGAAGCUCAUGGACGUGACCAACUUCAUCCACCUGCUGUGGUCAAAUGUUCUACAGAUCUCCUUAUCCAUCUUCUUCCUAUGGAGAGAGUUGGGACCCUCGGUGUUAGCGGGUGUUGGGCUGAUGUUGCUCCUCAUUCCAGUAAAUGGCAUAAUCGCCACCAAGAAUAGGAAAAUUCAGGUCAAAAAUAUGAAGAAUAAAGACAAACGUUUAAAGAUCAUGAAUGAGAUUCUCAGUGGGAUCAAGAUCCUGAAAUAUUUUGCUUGGGAACCUUCAUUCAAAAACCAAGUCCACAACAUUCGGAAGAAAGAGCUAAAAAACCUGCUCACGUUUGGGCAGAUGCAGUCCGUGAUGAUGUUUCUCUUAUACUUAACUCCGAUCCUGGUAUCUGUGGUCACAUUUUCAGUUUACGUCCUGGUGGAUAGCCGUAAUGUUUUGGAUGCAGAAAAGGCCUUCACCUCCAUCACCCUCUUCAAUAUCCUUCGCUUUCCCCUAAGCAUGCUCCCUAUGGUCAUAUCCUCCAUGCUCCAGGCCAGUGUCUCCAUAGAUCGUCUGGAGAAGUACCUGGGAGGGGAUGAGUUGGACACAUCUGCCAUUCAACAUGACUGCAAUUUUGACAAAUGUGUACAGUUUUCUGAGGCCUCCUUUACCUGGGACCAGGAUUUGGAAGCCACAAUUCGAGACGUGAAUCUGGACAUUAUGCCAGGCCAGUUGGUGGCAGUGGUGGGCACGGUGGGCUCUGGGAAAUCCUCCUUGAUGUCAGCCAUGCUGGGAGAAAUGGAAAACGUCCAUGGGCACAUCACCAUCAAGGGCACUAUCGCCUAUGUCUCACAGCAGUCCUGGAUCCAGAACGGCACCAUAAAGGACAACAUCCUUUUUGGAUCAGAACUGGAUGAAAAGAGAUACCAGCAAGUUCUGGAGGCCUGUGCCCUCCUCCCGGACUUAGAAGUGCUCCCUGGAGGAGACAUGGCUGAGAUUGGAGAGAAGGGUAUAAAUCUCAGUGGGGGUCAGAAGCAGCGGAUCAGCCUGGCCAGAGCUACCUAUCAAAAUUCAGAUAUCUAUAUUCUGGAUGAUCCCCUGUCUGCCGUGGAUGCUCACGUGGGAAGACAUAUUUUCAAUAAGGUCUUGGGUCCCAAUGGCCUAUUGAAAGGCAAGACUCGACUGUUGGUUACACAUAGCAUUCACUUUCUUCCCCAAGUGGAUGAGAUUGUGGUUCUGGAGAAUGGCACCAUCUUGGAGAAGGGAUCCUACAGCUCUCUGCUGGCCAAGAAGGGAUCAUUUGCUAAGAAUCUGAAGACAUUUAUGAAACGGGAGGGUCCUGAAGAAGAAGCCACAAUCAAUGAAGACAGUGAAGAAGAAGAUGUCUAUGGGCUCAUGUCCAGUGUGGAGGAAAUCCCUGAGGAUGUGGUCUCCUUGACCCUGGAGAGAGAGAAUAGCCUUCAUCGAACACUUAGCCACAGAUCUAGGUCCAAUAGCAGGCAUCUGAAGUCCCUAAAAAACUCCUUGAAAACAAAGAAUGUGAAUACCCUGAAGGAGAAAGAAGAACUAGUGAAAGGACAAACACUAAUUAAGAAGGAAUUCAUACAAACUGGAAAGGUGAAGUUCUCCAUCUACAUGAAAUACCUACAAGCAGUAGGAUGGUAUUCAAUUUUCUUCAUCAUCUUAGCCUAUGUAAUCAAUUCCGUGGCUUUGAUUGGAUCCAACCUCUGGCUCAGUGCUUGGACCCAUGACUCUAAAACCUUCAAUGGCACCAACUAUCCAGCCUCUCAGAGGGACAUGAGAGUUGGCGUCUAUGGAGCUCUGGGAUUAGUGCAAGGUAUAUUUGUGCUCAUAGCAAAUCUCUGGAGUGCCUAUGGUUUCACGCAUGCAGCAAACAUCCUUCACAAGCAACUGCUGAGCAAUAUCCUUCAAGCACCCAUGAGUUUUUUUGACACAACACCCAUAGGCCGGAUUGUGAACAGGUUUGCUGGCGAUAUUUCCACCGUGGAUGACACCCUCCCCAUGUCCUUGCGCAGCUGGAUUUUGUGCUUCCUGGGGAUCAUCAGCAUCCUUAUCAUGAUCUGCACUGCCACGCCAGCCUUCAUCAUCGUCAUCAUCCCUCUGGGCGCCAUUUACGUGUCUAUUCAGAUGUUUUAUGUGGCUACUUCCCGCCAGCUGAGACGUCUGGACUCUGUCACCAGGUCCCCACUCUACUCUUUCUUCAGUGAGACAGUGUCAGGUUUGCCUGUCAUCCGUGCCUUUCAGCACCAGCAGCGAUUUCUAAAACACAGUGAGGUACUAAUUGACACUAACCAGAAAUGUGUCUUUUCCUGGAUUAUCUCCAACAGGUGGCUUGCAAUUCGUCUGGAGCUGGUUGGAAACCUGAUUGUCUUCUUUUCAUCCUUGAUGAUGGUUAUUUACAGAGAUACCAUCAGUGGGGACACCGUGGGCUUUGUUCUGUCCAAUGCGCUCAGUAUCACACAAACCCUGAACUGGCUAGUGAGGAUGACCUCAGAAAUCGAGACCAACAUUGUGGCUGUUGAGCGAAUAAAUGAGUACAUAAACGUGGAAAAUGAGGCACCCUGGGUGACUGAUAAGAGGCCUCCGGCAGGUUGGCCCAGCAAAGGGGAGAUCCAGUUUAACAACUACCAAGUACGGUACCGGCCUGAGCUGGAUCUGGUACUGAAAGGGAUCACUUGUGACAUCAGGAGCUCGGAGAAGAUUGGCGUGGUGGGCAGGACAGGCGCUGGGAAGUCCUCCCUGACAAACAGCCUCUUCAGAAUCCUCGAGGCUGCUGGUGGCCAGAUCACCAUUGAUGGGGUAGAUAUUGCUUCCAUUGGGCUCCACGACCUCCGAGAGAAACUCACCAUCAUCCCCCAGGAUCCCAUCCUGUUCUCUGGAAGCCUGAGGAUGAAUCUAGACCCUUUCAACAACUACUCAGAUGAGGACAUUUGGAAAGCCUUGGAGCUGGCUCACCUCAAGUCCUUUGUGGCCAAUCUGCAACUGGGGUUGUUACACGAACUGACAGAGGGUGGUGACAACCUCAGCAUAGGGCAGAGGCAGCUGCUGUGCCUGGCCAGGGCUCUGCUUCGGAAAUCCAAGAUUCUGAUCAUGGAUGAGGCCACUGCUGCAGUAGAUCUCGAGACAGACCACCUCAUCCAGAUAACCAUCCAGAAGGAGUUCUCCCACUGCACCACCAUCACCAUCGCCCACAGGCUGCACACCAUCAUGGACAGCGACAAGGUAAUGGUCCUAGACAACGGGAAGAUUGUAGAAUAUGGCAGCCCUGACGAACUGCUGAAAAAGUCUGGCCCCUUUUAUUUUAUGGCCAAAGAAGCUGGCAUUGAAACUGUGACCAGCACAGCUUUGUGACAGCAGGUCCCAUGGCUUACAGAGGAGUAUAGCGGUCAUUCCUUGUUUCAUUUUAUUUUUGUGAAAUAUAGCAUACGUCCAGAAAUGUGUGUAAAAUGUACAUUUUAAAGAAGGAUCACAACCUUCUUUAAGCACCCAUGUACCCACUACCCAGGUAAAGAAAAUGAAUAUUACCGGCUGCAUCAGAGAAACCCCUGACGAUCCCACUUUGGUCCUACCUCCUUGCUACCCACCCCCCAGAGAUAUCACUAUCCUGAAUUUCAUGAUAAUUAUCCCCUUGCUUUUCAUUUUAGUUUUACCACUUCGUAUGUAUCCUUAAACAAUGUGUACCUUUUCUCAAACUUACGUAAAUGGCUUGACUCGUACUGCA